AUGUCGUAUGCUGAAAGCGUGGAACAGGCGACGGGGGUUAUCAAGCAGCAGACAGUCCUGAUUCAAAGGCACUUGGCUCAACGGAAGCUCCUAGAUGCACUGAAGCACAUUAGCAUUAUGCUGACCGAGCUGCGGAACCCAUCAUUGACACCCAAGCAGUACUACGAGCUGUAUAUACUGGUUUAUGAUGCAUUGAGCGUUCUGUCACAGUACCUGGUGGAGAACCACCCCAAGCGACACCACCUGGCAGAUCUAUACGAGCUCGUGCAGUAUGCCGGCAACAUCCUGCCGCGGCUUUAUCUCAUGAUUACCGUUGGCACUGCGUUCCUGCAGAUAAAGGACUCGCCGCGCGAGGAGAUCCUCAAGGAUAUGAUUGAGAUGUGUAAGGGCGUGCAGAAUCCUGUUCGCGGGCUGUUUCUGCGCUACUACCUCUCGCAGCGAACCAAGGAGUGGCUGCUACCCCAGAAUGGUCCUGCGGGCAACGCGUCCGAGGGCAGAAGCCAGGAGAAUGUUGAGAAUAACGUGAAGAAGUUCAAUGUGGAGUUCAUCAUUAACAACUUCAUCGAAAUGAACAAAUUGUGGGUGCGGCUUCAACACUACGGCCCGCUGCGGGAACGGGAGUUGCGAACCAAAGAGCGGCGCGAGCUGCAGAUACUCAUUGGGUCCAAUCUGGUCAGGCUAUCUCAAAUUGUGGAGGAUGACUCAAAACUCUAUGCAGAAGUCAUUCUACCGCAGCUGCUCGACCAGAUCGUGCAGUGCCGCGAUGUCGUGUCACAGGAGUACUUGCUAGAUGUCAUAUGCCAGGUUUUUCCGGACGAGUUUCACCUAGCCACACUACCCACGCUUCUCGAAACUACCUUGAAGUUCAAUCCUGAUGUUUCUAUCAACAAAGUUGUGUCCAACUUGGUCGAGCGGUUCAAUGGAUAUGUGGAGCGGCAGUCCGGCGAUAUAGACUCUGUCCAGAACACAUUCAGGAAGCUAUGCAUACAGGGACAGCCAACCAGUGCCUCGGGCGAUACAAUUAGCAGCAGUGGUGGGCUGUUCUUUGUAUUCUGGAGAUACCUUGAAAAACUCAGCGAGCAGCGCCCUGACCUUCCCCUGAAUGACCUAUUUCCUCUGGUACAGGGCAUUCUCAAAUUGUCACUGACUUGGUACCCGGACGUCCUUUCAAAUGUGGACUGCCUGUUUAAAUUCACUGUCCGGAAGUGCCAGGAGAAUGGUGGCCCCGAUGCAAACCCAGACUAUGAGUAUCUCUUCCAGGACUUGUUACUUUCUAUGACAUCCUCAUCUAUGUUUUACCGAGUCCUCACCGAAUGCGAGUCGUAUCAGAAACUACUAUCCAUGCAGCCGGUUGGCCUGCAGAAGCUAGUGGUGAACUGUAUUUUGGACACGAUUUUUAAAGCUGGCAUAACGAUUACGAAUAGGAUCCACCUGGAGAAGAUCCUGUUGCUAUGUGAGUCCCUCAUAAAAGUGAACAAUCCCAAAAUUCACAACUCUGGGGAAGAUGCGGAGCAGCAUAGUGCGCAGGACGACGAUCCAACUAGCUGCUUGUUGAAUAUUGAACAAGAGAAGCUUGCACAGGUGGUGCACAUCUGCCGAAGCCAGUCCAUUGAAAAGCAGGUGGAGCUACUCCUAACCUGUAAAAGCUGGUUCUACAAAGGUGGCAUACAGAUGCGCUACACCUACCCUGCCGUGGUUACUGCUUUUUGGAAACUCAUCCGCAAGACAGACAUUAAGAAGAGCAAAUACCCUUCUCGCGAGAAGAAGUACCGUCAGCUCAUUAAACAGCUCUUCAAAUAUGUUUCUCGCUGUCUGAGCGAGUUGGGCAACACCGUGGGGGCGCCGUGUGCGGAUUUAGUAUUCAAGAUGAAUCUUCAGUCAGCGGCCAUCGCGGACCACCUGGGCCUCAGUGAGAUCUCAUACGAUUUCUUCACACAGGUUUUCACCAUAUUUGAGGAGUCACUCAGCGAUUCGCGUUCGCAAUUCCAGGCCAUCAUCACCAUGGCCCAGACCCUGCAGAAAACCCGCUCGCUCUACGUCGAGAACUAUUACGAUAGCCUCAUUACGCGCUGCACGCUUUACGGCUCCCGCCUGCUCAAAAAACAGGACCAGUGCCGCGCGGUUUACCUCUGCUCACAUCUUUGGUGGGCCACCGAGAUCCCGCUCAUCGGCGAGGAGGAAGGCAUCACAGACACGUUUUACCGCGAGGGCAAGCGCGUGCUCGAGUGCCUGCAGCGCUCGCUGCGUGUCGCAGACUCCAUCAUGGACAAUGUGCAGAGCUGCCAGCUCAUGGUCGAGAUCUUGAACCGCUGCUGCUACUACUUUGUUCACGGCGACGAGUCCGCGACGCACGUCGGCCCCAAAUACAUCAACGGCCUCAUCGAGCUGAUCGAGACCAACCUCAAGUCCCUCAAAAUCGAGGAGUCUGUCGAGUUCGCAGAAAGCAAGCUCCCUAAGCCCUCCUACGCCAAUUUCGUCGUCGGCGUCGAUGGUUCUUACAUCCAGGUUCCUACAUCCCCUACUGCUACCGUCGCUGCGGUGAUGAGCAAGCCUCCCAACAUUACGAUUUCUUCGUUGGUCCCCAUUGUCACCGGGUACCUGCAGAGAACUCUCAACUACAUAGAAGACCAGAAGGUCGUAGACGAUCGCUUCAGGGCAAUCAUCGUAUAG